UUCCUCCCCUCUGUGCCUCCUCCACUCGCUCAGACAACUAAGCGGCUCUUCAAUCUCACAGCACUGGGAACCCAACAAGGACGAGAAAGCCGUCAACGCUACUCGCCGUGCCCGAUCGAAACAGUCAAGAAAGUGUUUCAUAUUACUGCUAAAGAGGAGAAUAAUCUCAGUAAUGAUGCAAUAGCUAAAGAUAUUAAACAGCUGCUGAUCAGCUGAAACCAUUGUGCUGAUGACCAGACAUAAUAGGGAGAUCAGAUUUUAGACUUGCAGCGCAUGGACAACUCUUUUAAAGAAGAAUCAGAUUGUUAGCAACAAUAAAUCCCGCGGCAAAGCGCGGGUUACCAUUGCUAUUUGAACUAAAAGCUUUGCUUCCCAUCUAGAUUAGAGCCUGUUGUCACUCUCCGAUUCUUGUUUCCAUCUGCUCCUAAACGGCUACAAAGAAAUCUAAAAGGGUCGACUUUAUCACCCAUCGGAUACUAAAAGAUUGUACUGAAAAGUUCAAUUCAUAAGCAGACUGGGUUGCUUUGCUGUGUUUGGUGGCCUUUCCAAUUCCAUAUUCAAAUUAAACAAAGGCCCUAAAGUCUCAGACGGCUUUGUCUUUGAGUCGUGUCCUCAAUUUUCACACUUUCUGAAAAAUGAAGCGCAAGAAAUGGUCAGAGCUUGAAGAACAGACCCUUCUCACGAAGUAUUCUGAGCUUCUCAGCUCUGGAGCUCUAGCCAAGCUCAAAACCCGUGAGAAAAAAUUCAAGCCCAUAGCGGAGCAUGUUAACUUAGUGCACAACCUUGACGACCCUGUAACCUUCCCUUUCAAAUGGUCCUGGCGCGACGUGUCAAUCAAGGUCCAAAACAUGCGCCACCAGUACCUGGGAGUCAAGCAGAAGAUCCAGGUCUCCAAGGACGAGUUCAACUGGAAGGAUGGUGAAAAUCACUGGGAGAAUUUCUUGAAGUACAAGGAAGUGUUUGGUGAUGUGGAGCUUGAUGGUAAGGGCAAGAGGUCGUGUGAGAAUGACAACUUUGAUGUUUUUGGGGAUUGUGGGGACUUAGGGUUUGGGAUUGAUUGUGAGGAUUUAGAGGAAGAAGAAGAUGAUGAAGAAGAAGAACAUUUGGAAGAGGAAGAAGAAGAUGGUACUGGUGGUGAUGACGAUAAUCGUGGCGAGGAAUACCCAGUUGGUGAGUUUGGGGGUGAAAGGGAAAUUGGGGACAUGGGAAUGGCUCAAAAAAGGAAAUUGAGUAAGGUUGGAUUGCAUAAGAGGUUGGGGUUGAUGAGUGCUCAGGUGUUGGACUUGCAGAAUAUGGUUGUGAAGAGGGAAGAGGGGAGGAGAGAGAGGGAGUGUAGGAGAGAGAAAGGUGAGGCUGAGAGAGAGGAAAGGAGGAAAGAAGUUGAGUUCAGGAGAGAGAAGAGGAGGAAUGAGCAGGAGGACUUGUCAGAAGAUAGAGAAUUGGAGUUGCAAGAGAGAGAGGUCAUGUGGACAAGAAGGGAGUUUGAAAAAAGGUUGAGGUUACAGGGGGAGUUUGAUGAGGAGCGUCAGAGGAGGAUGAGGAUGGAGGAGAGGAGGGAGGAGGAGGAGUUGGAGUGGCGGGAGAGGAUGAUGGGUUUGCAAAUUCAACAUGAGAAGCAAAUGAUGCAAAUGCAUGCUGAGGCAUGCCAGAAUCAAAUGCAGAUUCUUGGGGUCAUGGCUAGGUUUGUUUGUCAAUUUUUUGGGUCAAUGAAUGAUGGCCUUGGAGGUGGUUUAGGGACUCUACCACCUCAAAUUUUGCAGAAUUUGCAGCAUCCAGGUGGACUGGGUGACAAUGGGAAGCCGGAUUCCAAUUCGCCUUCUGAGUUCCUCUAGACUCCUUUUCUACUAGCAUCUUCAUUCGUUUCUCAUCAUUCAGUACUGAGGAUCACACAACCCUUUGACCAUAAGAAGAAUGAGGAUAGUGGGACUGACGGGUGGGAUUUCAUCUGGGAAGAGCACUGUCUCAAAUCUGUUCAAGGCCCAUGACAUUCCUGUUGUCGAUGCUGAUCUUGUGGCUCGUGAUAUAUUGAAGAAGGGAACUGGUGGAUGGAAAAAGGUUGUUUCAGCAUUUGGGCAGGGUGUUUUGCAACCUGAUGGAGAAGUUGAUAGACCUAAACUAGGACAAAUUGUAUUCUCUAAUCCCGAAAAGCGUCAACUUUUGAACCGACUACUGGCUCCUUACAUAUCAUCUGGAAUCUUUUGGGAAAUUUGGAAGUUAUGGUUGAAGGGGUUUAAGGUUAUUGUUCUUGAUGUCCCUCUAUUGUUCGAGGCCAAGAUUGACAGAUGGACCAAGCCUGUUAUUGUUGUAUGGGUCAAUCCUGAAACACAGCUCCAGAGACUCAUGUUGAGGGACAGAACAAGUGAGAAUGAUGCUCGAAAACGGAUAAAUGCUCAAGUGUCACUCGAUUUAAAGAGGACCAUGGCAGACAUAGUGAUUGAUAACACUGGAUCACAAGAGGAUUUAAAAGACAAGUUUAAAAUUGUGCUAUUUGAGGUCACAAAGCCCUUGACAUGGACUGAACUUUGGCUUUCUCGCCAAGGUGCUUCAUCUGCUCUUGUCUCCAUUAUCGUAGGUGUUCUUAUGUUCAAAAAAGUUUAUUAUAGUGAUAGUAAAUUAUAACAACCUUGGAGUUGUACUUGUGGAGAUAUUGAUAUAGAUCUCCCUGUAUUUGGUAGUUGAUAAUACAAGAACUUUAAGUGUGUUUUUUAGCAAUAAUGAAGAAUGAUUAUUUGCA